ACUGCACAACCCCUUGAAUUCUCCUCCUUUCUCAUUCGACUCAAUUCGGUGGAUGCAGAGUUAGAUACAGAUCCUGAAUCCCAUGGCUCCUCCAUCGUCUUUCCGGCUUGAUUCUAACCCAGCUAUGCAAUCCCACAAUCUCCGUCGUCAGCUUAAACAGGACCCUCAUCUCUCUGCUACCUGCAUCCGUAGUCUGGUGAAACAGUUAGCCCCCUCCAGAUCAAAAGACUCCAUGCACCCUGACCUUUCCCCGCCUCCGAAUUCUACCACACAAGGCGAAGUUUCAGAUGCUUCACCCACUCAAAAAUCCACACACCGCCGACCACAUAAAAGACAAGUUCGCAGGAGACUCCACCCCACUAGGCCCUACCAAGAUAGGCUUCUGAACAUGGCAGAGGCUAGGAAGGAGAUUGCUACUGCCCUCAAAUUUCACAGAGCUUCCAUGAAACAAGCCACCCAACGCCCACAACAAGAAGCCAAACAGCAGCAGCAGCACCCGACAGUACCCAUCCUUCCACCGCAACACCCGUGUUUUGCGCAAGACGGAGGAAUUAUGUCUCAGAGAAAUCCCAGAAUAUACCCAUCAUGCACCAACAAUUUCUCGAAUCUCGUGGAUGAUUUUUCCUUUUCGUCUUUCUCUCAUCCUGCUCUGUCUCUUCCAAAUCCCCCGAACUGGCCCCCCGCCUCCCCAGCUGCUCCACCGCGAAUGGCUGGAAACCUCAGUUACAACCUUCCUAAUCGCCCUUUGGGAUUGAACCUCAAUUUUCAGGAUUUCGUCAACUUAGAUGCUCCUCUUUACGUCGAUAACAACAACGCGUCAUUUUAUUCGCACUCAUCUUCAUCAUCAUCUUCUCCUUCACUUUCUGUGUCAGCUGAUCAGGAAGUUCCUUCGGUUGCAAUAUCACAGGGAGAGGGAACCUCUGCUCUGGCGGAUGCUAUUGACUCCAUUGCUGCCACUCAGGUUGCUGGAGGUAAACAUACAGCUAUGGGCGACGAAGGAAUGGCGGAGAUCGGAUCGCGGGGAGAGCGAUGUCAAGCAGAAUGGAACGACACUAUGAAUUGGGUCACAUCAGCACUGUGGCCCAAGUUCAUGAAGAACGUGGAACAUCAGGCCACCGAAGAGGAUGCCGCACACCCUAUUUUUGAUGGACCCAUGGAGUUUCCAGACUGGUUGAAUGCAAAUGAGAGGUGCUUUGAACAGUGCUCGGAGCAAUCCGUCUUAGAUCCUACUUUACCUUGCAUGGACAUAGGCGAUUUUGAAGGUGUGGGCGAAGAGUGGCUAGCAUGACAAAGGCUUAAUUUCUGGAUGAAGAUUUGUUAGCAUGGCAAGGAUUAGCCUUCCUUUUAUGCUGGGUUAAAUUUCAGUGGAUUGUUUUUGGCUAUUCCUAGUCCCCCCCCCCCGGCUCUUAUGAAUAAGG